UUCCCCUCUGAAAAAUGAAGAUGCGCAUGCAUGAACAAAAACAAACCAAAUCAGCAGAGUUUCGGAUGUGAAAUAAAGAACAGUUACAUUAGUUUGUUUAAAAUCAGUGAUUUUUCAAACGUUUUGUUUCCAUUUUUAAAUAAACUAUUUGCGAUGUCAGAGGAUAUAGCCGAGGGAGUGGACACUGGUGAAUACACAGAGACAGUGAGAGCGCUCUCAUCCGGUCUUCUUCAAAUGUACGAACCAACACUGAAUCAAGUGAAAAGCAAUUUGAAAGAGCUACUGGAAAAACAAGAGGAAAUGCAGAUAGCACUUGCAAAUGAAAAACUUGCUUACAACACACAAGAAGUGCAACAGAUAAGUGAAAUGGUCAACAAGGCAAAAAUCUACAGAGAAAAGGCUGUUCGGAUUAAGAAUCAAAUGCACCAAAUUCACCAAAGGGCAAAAAGUUUACGUGCUAAGGCACUCGACAUUCAGGAACUAAAGGUUAACCAGUGUGCAUCAAAGCUGCAACAGUUACACUAUGAAGAAUCUCUAGUGGCUAAUAGUAAAAAAGGAAUCAGAAAAUCUUAGCACAAAAUGUUACACAUUACGGUGAGCAUGGAUAAUCAAACUCGCGUAGGAACUGUAGCUGAGGCUUUCGGUGGUUUGGAAAAAAGUGCAUGCAUUUAUCUACCCAAAAUAAUAAAAUUAUCUUAAGGAAGGUUUUAUUACACUACUUAAUAGCCUUUAUGCCAACGAAAACAGAUAUCCUUAGGACAAAUGUAAUAUUUUAAUCACGAUAAUUGUAGUAACAAUUUACACAUAUAUUUAAAACAUGUGCUACCUAUUUGUCAUAUCAAUAAAAUCUUCUAUGAAACAGCA